AUGAAAUAUAUUCCUGAACUGGAGGAGAAUUUCACCGCUAAUUUUCUUGCAAAAUUCCGUACACUUUGUUAUGAUGCCGAACUUAAUGAUCCUGAUGAAAUCAAAAAACUCCUUUUUAAUUCAAAUAAAUUCUUUAAAGAUGAAUUUGUAAGAAGAUCAGAUAUGAUUAAUUCAAUAGAUCAAAUCGAUGAAAAUUUUCAAUUAUUUCAUGAGAUUGUAUUAGAUAUGUCAAAUAUAAUUGGAUAUGGUUCGUUUAUAGCUUUAAAAAAUGUUUCAACUGGUAGAUAUUUAUCGAGUUGCAAGAUAAACUAUACAGGCUCCCAAAAACAAGUGAAUUGUAGUGAAAAGGAAGUGCCUUAUAAUAUAGAGUCCAAAUUUAAAUUAAUGCAUAAAGAAACUAAUACGAAAUUAUAUGUAAGUACACAUUGGACAAGAGCAAGUGAUAUAAUUAAUUUAAAAGCUCAUAAUACAUUUCAUAAUUAUAAUCGAUUUGUACGAAGUCACGAUUUCACUUUUACUAUUGGAGAUGAAACAUUUUACGAAGUUGGUCAUGAUGAUAGGAUGAGUGACAAAUGA